AUGGCGACCGCAAGAGUGGGCGAAGGCCUGCCGUCCAGCGGCUCUGUGCCUCCUGAUGUCGAUGCCGCCAUACCCCUCAACGACGGUGACCCUCAAUCUCGCCAUGAGUCUGAGCCCCGACCGGCCACAUCAUAUUUCGCUAACACUCAUGGCUUCGGCGGUUCGAUUUCACCAUCUGAGUCUGUUGCCGAUGCCGCCAAAGGAGUCAAGACUGGCGCAGAACUCCUGCGUCGCCUCAGCCUAGCAGAGCCACACAAGCCGGAAACUUUCAACUUUAAUCCUACCAAGGUCUACCCCGGGCUCAAACUUAGCGGCAACAUCAUCAGUGCUUCGAUCUGCCUCCCUUAUCAGUUCAAACAUCAAGCCGGUGGAGACUGGAAGCUGUCGCCUCGCAAAGGAACUUCGGCUCUUUUCGACUCUUUCGAGUACAUUGCGUCUGACAAGACGCCCUGGAACCAUACCCUUGUCGGCUGGACGGGCGAGAUCACACCCGUUCAGGAGAAGUACUACACCCCAAGCGCUCUCUCCUCUGCCAACCUUGCAAGAAACCAGACUCAGACCACGACUCCGUUUCAGUCAAGCAGACGGCCGUUAGCCGACGGCACAAAGGCUUCAGCUGCCUUGCCUCCCCCAGGUAUGCAGGCACACGUCUACAACCCCGCGACGGAUACCAUCACGGUCACCAAGGCCGACAGGGACCGGUUGGACGAGCAGCUGCAGGCCGAAUGUAGUGGGAAGAUGGUGCCUAUAUGGCUUUCUGAAGAUCAUGAGGAGGGCAUGGUAGAUCUGAAGCUCAAAGACCAGGGCCGCUGGCGCCGUUACGCUGAGCACGAGCUCUACACACUUUUCCACUACCGUCAGCACGCACCGGACGAUGGCCGGGCCGAAAAGGUCUCUUGGAACGACUAUCUUCGCAUGAAUCAGAUUUUCGCCGAGAAGAUCAUACAGACAUAUAAACCAGGCGACAUCAUCUGGAUUCACGAUUAUCAUCUUAUGCUGCUGCCAAAUUUCUUGCGCCAGAGGAUACCCAAUGCCUAUAUUGGCUUCUUCUUGCAUAUCCCCUUCCCGAGCUCGGAAUAUAUGCGUUGUCUGCCGCGGCGGAAAGACGUUCUCAGUGGGCCGCUAGGAGCUACAAUGAUUGGUUUUCAAUCGUACAACUUCGCACGCCACUUCAAUUCCUGCUGCAAACGGAUACUGGGGUUCGAGUCGAGCUCGGCUGGAGUCGAUGCCUAUGGUGCUCAUGUUGCUGUUGACGUCUUUCCCAUUGGCAUCGAUGUUGCAGCUGUACAAAAGGCAGCAUUCGGAGAUUCAGCGGUGCAAGAGAACAUGACAGCGCUCAGACAGGUAUACGCUGGGAAGAAGCUCAUCGUGGGCCGAGAUCGACUAGACACCGUUAGAGGCGUGUCACAGAAGCUUCAGGCCUUCGAAAUCUUCCUCGAUCGUUACCCAGAGUGGCGUGAUAAGGUUGUCCUCAUCCAAGUCACUUCCCCAACAAGCGUGCAGGAGGAAAAAGAAGACAGUGGCCACAAGAUCGAGAGCAAGAUAUCGAGCCUAGUCUCCCGGAUCAAUGGAGAAUUUGGAUCACUCUCUCACACUCCAGUCCAACACUAUCCACAGUACCUCGACACCGCGCAAUACUUUGCCCUCCUGCGACUUGCAGAUGUCGGUCUGAUCACUUCCGUCCGUGAUGGAAUGAAUACUACUUCCUUAGAGUACAUCAUCUGUCAGAAAGACCACUUUGGCCCGCUCAUUCUUUCGGAGUUCUCUGGAACGGCAUCAUCACUCGCCAACGCCAUACACAUCAACCCUUGGGACCUCGGGAACGUCGCAGAUACGCUGAAUGAAGCUCUGCUCAAACCCAAAGCAGAAAAGAAAGCCGACCACGAUAAAUUGUACGAUUAUGUUACAACUCACACGGUCUCCACGUGGACGAACAACUACCUCAAGCGUCUGCUCACAAACCUCACAUCUUUCUCUCAAUUCGAUCUGACUCCUGUACUCGAUCGCAAGAAGCUGCUGUCGCGCUACCGCAAUAGCUCUAAAAGACUUUUCAUGUUCGACUACGACGGGACGCUUACGCCCAUAGUGAAAGAUCCAAACGCCGCUAUCCCCACGGAUCGGGUGCUUCGCACACUUAAGGCCCUCGCUGAAGACCCACGAAACAAUGUUUGGAUCAUCUCCGGUCGCGACGCCAGCUUCUUGGAGGAAUGGAUGGGCCAUAUUUCGGAACUGGGUUUGUCUGCCGAGCACGGUUGCUUUCUUCGGCGGCCUGGGUCCGAGACCUGGGAGAAUCUCACCGAGAGCAUGGAUAUGUCAUGGCAGAAAGAGGUUUUCGAUGUCUUCUCACAUUAUACCGAGCGAACUCCCGGCAGCUGGAUCGAGCGGAAGCGCGUGGCACUGACGUGGCACUACCGGCAAGUAGACCCCGACUUUGGCUCACAUCAGGCUCGGGAAUGCACAAAGGUGCUCCAAGACGGAGUCGCUAAGAAGUGGGAAGUGGAAGUGAUGAGUGGCAAGGCGAACUUGGAAGUGAGGCCGACAUUCGUCAAUAAGGGCUUCAUCGCCAACCGCUUGGUCAGUGAAUACGGAUAUCAGGACGGUGGCGAGCCUCCCGGGUUUGUACUUUGCCUGGGCGAUGACACGACUGACGAACACAUGUUUGAAGCCCUCCAGAACUCAAAGCUCCCGCGCGAGCAUAUCUUUGCCUGCACGGUCGGCGCGAGCAGCAAACGCACAAAAGCCACCUACCACGUCCUCGAGCCGGCAGACGUCAUUGCAGCCGUGAGCAGCUUGGUGAAGCCCCGGACUCAGACCAUCAACGAACACCGGUAG